GCUAAUCUAUUGCUUAAAUCCUCACUUGAUGACAAUGAUGAUAUGAUGUUAAACUAAGCUAUCAAUUUCGAGUAUUGUUAACAUCUUGCAGCCCGCAUCAUAUAAUUUUUUUAAAAAAAAAUUUACCGAAAAGGAGAUGGAGACCUUGGAGGACACUGAUGACGUUAAACACACCGGGUUGUCGUCUUCGGACAAACAGUUGGUGGACGAAGUCGUGCAAAUCGGUGGUGACAAGGUUGACACCAAUUCUAUGAUGAUCAGCAUUCUAUCAGAGCAGCUCAGUUUGUACCGUAAUAAUCUUUCGCAUACAGACAGAUGUAAAGCUUUAGAUAUUCUAAAAUCGAUGAUUGAAACCUCAAGCAUGGCAGUCAGUACCGGCAGUGAAAACACUGCGUACCGUCACUUUGCCAAACCGCUUGAUCAUCUGUUUAAGGGAACGCAAUUGAAAGUCUUAGAGCUGGUGUGUUUGAUGGCAAGUCCAGAAAUUCUCUCGAGACUAUAACUUCCAUGGAUCUUUUUUUGCCGUUGACUAUGGAAUUCCUGAAAUAAUGGUGGGCCUGGAUCAAUAGCGGUAAAAGAAGAUAUGAUCUCCAGCCAGCCUUUGUAUCCU